UUCAGGCAGACUCUGAAAUUUUCGGAAGAACGAAUCAGCUGGGAGCUUUGCUUUUCAGAAUGGAAGAGGAGCAGGUUGCAGACAAGAGUGACAAAUCCCAAGGGAAUCUCCUUGAAGAGAGCCUGGUUCAGCUGAGAUGUCACUUCACGUGGGAGUUGCUAGUGGAAGCCACCGAGCUGCCCGAUUUAGAAAACAGGAUCUUGGAUGAGAUUGAUUUCCUGGACACCAGAUACAACGCGGGGAUCCACAACCUGCUGGCCUACGUGAAACACCUCAAGGGCCAGAACCAGGAAGCCCUGGGGAGCCUGCGGGAAGCAGAAGCCUUGAUCCGGCAGGAACAGGCCGCCCAGUCAGAGGCGAGAAGUCUGGUCACGUGGGGCAACUACGCCUGGCUGCAUCACCGCAUGGGCAGGCCGCAGGAAGCCCAGGCUUACCUGGACAAGGUGGAGGACGCCUGCAAGAAGCUCGGGGCUUCCUCCCGCUACAGCGUGCAGUGUCCCCAGAUGGACUGCGAGGAGGGGUGGGCCUUGCUGAAAUGUGGGGGGAAGAACUAUGAACGGGCCAAGGCCUGCUUUGAGAAGGCUCUGGCACUGGACCCAGAAAACCCUGAAUUCAGCACUGGGUAUGCGAUCUCCACCUACCGCCUGGACGGCUUUAACAAAACAACAGAAGUUAGCGAGGCGUUGAGAGAGGCCGUCAGGCUGAACCCAGAAGAUGCGUAUGUUAAGGCUCUCCUUGGCCUGAAUCUCCAGGACGUAGGUCAAGAAGCUGAAGGAGAAAAGUACAUAGAAGAAGCACUAGGCAACACGUCCUCGCAGACCUAUGUCUUGCGGUACGCGGCCAAGUUUUACCGAAGAAAAGGCUGUCUGGAUAAAGCUCUUCGGCUCCUAAAAAUGGCCCUGCGGGCCACCCCGUCCUCUGCCUUCCUGCACCACCAGGUAGGGCUUUGCUACAGGGCACAACUGAUCGCAAUCAAGAGAGCCGCCAACUGGCAGCCCCGGGGACAGGACAGAGAAAAUGUUGACAGAAUGGCAAGAUUAGCCAUAUCUCAUUUUCAGUUUGCUCUGGAACAAAAGCCCACGUUUGAAGUUGCUUACAUACACCUGGCGGGCAUGUACACAGAAGUUGGCGACUACGGGAGAGCGGAAGACACGUACCAAAAAGUGCUCUGCUCGAAAUCACUCAAAGAAGAAAAACUGCAAGAGAUCCAUUUCCACUAUGGUCAGUUUCAGGAAUUUCAAAAGAAAUGUGAGAUCAAUGCAAUUAUCCAUUAUCUGAAAGCAAUAAAAAUAGAGAAGGCAUCACUGUUAAGGGAUAAAAGUAUCAAUUCUUUGGAGAAAUUGGCUUUAAGGAAACUUCAUAGAAAUGCAUCAGAUGUAGAAAGCUUGAGCAUUCUCGGGUUCAUCUAUAAAGUCAAAGGAGAGAUAAAUAAGGCCCUGGAGUACUAUGAGCGGGCCCUGCGGCUGGCUGCUGACUUUGGGAACUCUGAGACAGAAUCCCUAGCCGUGGAAAUGUGAACCUCGUUCACAUUCUGUUUGACUUUUAGGUAACCCUAAACCUAAACUCUAAACUCUAGUCAUUUUUUCUGCUUGCUACUUUCAGAAACAUAUUAAGUAAUUAAGUAAUCUGCUAUAGUGAUAGACGUUUUUAACAUUUAUACUCAAACCUGAUAAAAUAUUGUUUGUAGUCAGUAGUGAAGAGUGAGACAGAUAUACACACAUUUCUGUAUGUGAGAGUGAGAGGAACCAUUUCUCUGUGAAUGUUAUCUAGCAGAAAAGCAAUUUUUUGAGUAGAUUUGUAGCAAAUAAAGCAGUGGAUUUACAUAAAAUAAAAUGU